AUGGACUACUUAAAGAAAGCUAUUUGGGGACCAGAUCCCAAAGAACAACAUCGUAAGAUCCGCACGCUUGUGAGAAGAAAUGGAAGGUCGUUAGAUAAAUCUUUGAGAGAAUUGAACGCACUUCAGAGUAAAACACAGGCCCUAAUCAAACGUUCUGCUAAGCAAAAUGACACAAGAUCAGUACGGAUAUAUGCUCGUGAGCUUUACCAAAUCAAUAAGCAGUACAAGCGCAUGUAUACUUCUAAAGCACAACUGCAGUCUGUUGGUAUGAAGAUUGACGAGGCCUUCAGAAUGCAGAGUCUGCAAGAAAAUAUGGCUCUUUCUGCUGGACUAAUGCGCGAGAUCAACUCAUUGGUGCGCCUACCAUACCUGCAAUCUUCCAUGAUGGAGCUCGAGAAGGAACUGGUUAAAAGCGGUCUUAUCAGUGAGAUGAUUGAUGAUACCAUGGAAAUGGCAACAGAGGACGAAGACAUGGAAGAGGAGGCGGAACGAGAAGUCAAGAAAAUUGUAGAUCAGUACACCUCCUCUAAGCUGGACGAGCUCGACGACAUCCCUGCCGACGAAUUACCAGGAAAGGAAGAGGAGAUUGUGCCGGACGACAAGAUUGACGACGAAGCCGAUAACAUGCUGAACGAAAUGCGGGAGCGCCUUAAAGCGUUACAAAACUAG